AUGGAAAUCAAUUUGGGGAAACUUGCAUUUGACAUUGAUUUUCAUCCAUCAGAUAAUCUCGUUGCAACCGGACUCAUAGACGGCGACCUUCACUUAUACCGUUAUAGCCCGGAUAAUACUAAUAGUGAUCCUGUGAGGGUGUUGGAAAUUCAUGCCCACACCGAGUCUUGCAGAGCUGCGCGAUUCAUCAAUGGUGGACGAGCGCUGUUGACGGGUUCUCCCGAUUUCUCGAUACUGGCUACAGAUGUGGAAACUGGAUCAACCAUUGCCCGACUUGAUAAUGCCCAUGAGGCUGCGAUCAACAGGUUGAUAAACUUGACCGAGUCAACUGUUGCUUCAGGAGAUGAUGAUGGUUGUAUUAAGGUUUGGGAUACCAGAGAACGUUCUUGUUGCAAUUCAUUUGAAGUCCACGAGGAUUACAUUUCAGACAUAACAUUUGCAUCUGAUGCAAUGAAACUAUUGGCCACAAGUGGAGACGGGACUCUUUCUGUUUGCAGUCUUCGACGAAAUAAAGUCCAAGCUCAAUCUGAAUUUUCUGAAGACGAGCUAUUGUCUGUUGUUUUAAUGAAGAAUGGUAGGAAAGUUGUUUGUGGAUCACAAACUGGAAUCCUGCUGUUAUAUUCAUGGGGAUGCUUCAAGGACUGCAGUGAUCGAUUCGUUGAUCUCUCUUCAAACUCUAUUGAUACCAUGUUAAAGCUUGAUGAAGAUAGGAUUAUUACUGGAUCAGAGAAUGGGAUGAUCAACUUGGUUGGAAUACUACCGAACAGAAUCAUUCAGCCAAUCGCCGAGCACUCUGAAUAUCCUGUUGAGCGUCUUGCAUUCUCUCACGAUAGAAAGUUUCUUGGAAGCAUUGGUCAUGAUCAAAUGUUAAAGCUAUGGGACUUGGAUAAUAUAAUACAAGGUUCAAGAAGCACACCGAGAAAUGAAAAUGGGGUGGUUGACAAUGAUGUCGAUAGUGACGACGAUGAGAUGGAUGUAGAUCACAAUCCUUCUAAGUUUACUAAAGGGAAAAAGAGUAAGAAUGCAAGUAAUGGGCAUGCUGUAGGUGAUUCAAACAACUUCUUUGCAGAUUUAUAG